ACGUCCACGCCCACGCGCACAGCCGGUAUCACUCACAAGAGUUGUUAAGCGCUUGUUGAACCCGUCUCGAGUCAGUCGCUACACUCCUCCGGGGGAAAAAAUAUUUAUAUACUCACUUGUCGAGACUUACUAUCAACAUGCCGAACCGAAGCGAAUGGAUGCGCGUGUCCCUCCGCACGCCGGGCAUCUUAAUCUUCGGCCUGGUCAUGGCGCCCUGCGGCUGGGUGCUCAUCCUGACCGCCACGGUGGCCCCCAACUGGAGGACCCUGGAGGACAUCCCGGACACGCCGAGCAACGAGUUCAUCGAACAGGGCAUCUGGGACAUCUGUCGCUCCGUCACCACGUCCACGUCGUCCACAUGCGGCUUGGAGGACAGCACGUACUUUGAUAACGAGAUCAUCGACGUGGCCCAAGGUCUCAUGGUGGCCUCGCUGGUGGUCACGCUGGUGGGCCUGGCCGUGGCCAUCCCUGGCGUCCGCUGCUGGAAAGAGAGGCCCAACUGGGUGGUGGCCGGCCUCGGAGGGUUGUUGAUCUUCAUCUCGGGGGUGUUCGCCAUCAUCCCUGUCUCGUGGUACACCCACAUCCUGGAAGACAUCAGCACGGUCACGCCGACGGUCACCGUGCGCGUGGGCUACUGCAUCGUGCUGGGCUUCAUCGGGGGCAUCUUCGAGGUCUUGGGCGGGUUCGUCAUGUUCAUCGGCAUCUGUCGCUGCUGCGGCGGAAAGAACCGCGGCGAGGUGCGGGUGGAGGAAUCCGGGCGCAGUCGCUUCAGCGCGCGCCCGCAGCCGAGACGCGUGGACGUGCCCUCCCUUAGCCGGGACCGAAGCCCCGCGCCCAGCAGCGUGCCAUACAUCAGGGACUCCAUGGACGACGUCUCCUUCCCCAGGGACAAGAGCGCCGGUCCCCGUUCCAUCGACACCACGUCCAGCGGGAGACCCUACGACGCGGACUUGUGAGGGGGCACCUCUGCAAGAACAAACAAACCGAGAGAAAGUCAAUUUAUUGCAGUGUUUCCCAAUCUUUGCUGAACCAUUAGAACAAAAAUGUCACAAAAAUAUAAUUAUUACAAAAAUAUACUUGCAUACAAGUUACACAAUUCUGCUUUAUCAAAGAUUAUAAACAUCACACUGGCAGUAACCCCUUUUUAGGUCGAAAACUGCCUUGUUUUACUUUUGCAAGCUAAUUGGAGGUUAAAAUGGCUAAGAGAUAUUAAAUAAGUUCAUAUGUUUGGAGCCAAACUUGUUGCAGUAUUAAUGUGUUGUACCAUGCAGUGAAGGAGUCAUUUUAAUCGCAGUUUCCCGUUUUUAUAGCUUUUUGGAAUUACUUGUGCCCAAAAAAAAAAGCAGUGCAAUCAAAGGAAUCAAGAUUUUGUGAAGAAAAUUCCACCAUAUGAAGAAUUUUGGUCUUUUCCAUACUAAUUUGUACAUAUCGUAUUUUUCUGUCCAAUUACUAACAAGGGCAAUGAACAAGCCUCAUUUGUGUUAUAAUGUAAAUAUAUGUUUUUGCACUUUACAUCAAUGAAACCAAGUGAUAUGACCAAUUAUGUUUUCACUGCAUCUUGUAAAAGCUUUAUUAAACUGUACACUGUCUAUAGGCUACUGUGUUCCUCUGACUUUUUUUCUCAGUGUGGUUUUUAUAGAUAAACAGAGCUGUGACUACUCAUCUAUGGCUGGUUGACUUUAAAAUAAGAUGACGAGAUUAGUAUAGUUAAGACAUUUUUGCAAUGUCACUCCUGAUUUGCAGACAAUCCUGAGAAACUACAGUUUGGCUUGCAGACAUUGAACCACCCUGUUGGUUGACUUGUAAGUGGUUAAGUAUACAGACAAUGUCACCUGACCGGCACAGCUCGUCUGGCUUGUCUGUUUGAACUACUUUCACAACUCAAACAAUGCCACACCAUGGAGAGCAGUCAGACCACUGUUGUUCUUCGGAGCUCAGAGCGACACUUCACCUGCAUUGUGUGGUUCAGGUAACAGAAUUCGGAUUAUUUUUUGUG